CGGAACGGAACGGGAUUGAGCUCGUAACAACAAAAAGAAGUACACAAGAACAACCUAUUCUUCUUCGUCUUCUCUCUUCGAAAGCAAUCUAUUUCCUCCUCAGCUUUCUCAACGAAUUACAACAAAACCCGAAACUUUUUCACUUUCGAAGUUUUCAGAUCAUUCUCUUCCAACUUCAUCAUAACACAACAAAAUAACCCUAGAAAUCUAACAAGCGCCUCAAUCACUUCGAUUCCUUCCAAUUCCUCGGAAAUCCAUUCAAAUCUACGUAUACUGUUCAUUUGCAGAUAUCUCAGAGUAGAAGAAGAAAAAACCAACUGAAAUUUUGAGUUAAUGUGUGUGCUUAUGAAGUGGCUUUGUAUCUUUCCGAAUCUUUGAUCUGGUACUUGAUGAAAUAGAUAGCUGAAAGGUUAUUAUGGCCUCCAGAGGUCCAAGGCCUAAGGUUGAGCAUGAAGCACGACCUAAGCGCCAAAAGGCACUUGAAGCUUCCAGAGAACCUCGUCGACCCAAAACGCACUGGGAUCAUGUUUUAGAUGAGAUGGUUUGGCUGUCCAAGGACUUUGAGUCGGAGAGAAAAUGGAAACUAGCUCAAGCGAAGAAGGUUGCUAUAAGAGCCAGCAAGGGCAUGCUGGACCAAGCUACUAGAGGAGAAAAGAAAGUGAAGGAAGAAGAGCAGAAGUUGAGAAAAGUUGCACUUAAUAUCUCUAAGGAUGUGAAGAAGUUUUGGACGAAAAUUGAGAAGCUGGUGUUAUACAAACAUCAACUGGAGUUAGAGGAGAAAAAGAAAAAGGCACUGGAUAGACAGCUUGAUUUUCUUCUAGGGCAGACAGAAAGGUACUCGACAAUGCUAGCAGAAAAUCUUGUUGACAUGCCAUAUCCUCAUAAGCAUAUGUGUCUAGAUUCUGCGACUGAACAACAUAUUAAUCACGACGAAGGUGAAAAAGAGGAUCAACAGAUCAAUGAAGAUGAAUAUGUAAAAGAUGAUGAUCAAACUAAACAUGAAAAAGAAGAAGGAGAUCAAAUAGUUAGCCAUGGCGAUGAAGAAGGAGAUCGGCAGACUACACAAGUAGCUGAUGAAGGGGAACCAAAUGAUCUUAUGGGAUCACAAGAUGGCCCUGGUGAUCAUAUGGAUGUCGAUGGUGAUUAUGAUGUACAAUCAGAAGAUGAAUCUGAAGAUGACGAGCAUACUAUUGAAGAAGAUGAAGCUCUGAUUACUAAGGAAGAAAGGAAAGCGGAACUGGAAGGUUUGCAAGAUGAAAUGGAUUUGCCACUUGAGGAGCUGCUAAAGCGUUACAAGAUCAGUACAGUUAGCAGGGAAGAGUCUCCAGGAGAGGAAGAUUCUGCCGAACCAUUCAACGAGAUAGUGAAUCUGGGUGAAGCAGGCAAGGAUGCUCAUACUUCUAGUACGACGGAUGGCGGUAGCUCAUGUGCAAUCAGCAAUCAUCUAGGUGUAACAAACGGUGAUAUAUCAACGAUUAAGGAUGAGCACAGAUCAGAUUCUGAUAUUGGUACAGGAGGAAACCAGGACGCCAAUAAAUCUGAAAUGCAAUCUACAUUUUCCGAUUGUAGUGAUAAUCAGGAGGAGGAUGGAGACUACAUUCAUGUUGCCAGUGAAGAAAAGGAUGAUGAGACAACCUUGGUGGAGGAGGAGGAGCUGGCAAAAGAUGAAGCAGGUGAUGCUGUAAAUGAGAUCGAACUACUGCAGAAAGAGAGGGAAAUACCUAUGGAAGAAUUGCUUGCAAGGUAUAAAAAGGAUUACAAUGUGGAGGAUGAAGAAGAUGAUGAUGCACAUGGAUAUACAUCUGACAGUUCUGAAGAAUGUGUGGACCUUCAAGCUCGUCUAGAUGUUGAAAUGAAAGGGGUUCCUUCUCCAGUGAACAAAGAUGCUCCUCUGGAGGCUCAACCUUCUGAAUCCAAGCUAAUUAUUGCAGAACAAGAGGAAGAUGAAUUGAAUAUAAAGUCUGAUCAUGAAAAGGAUAGUGAUGAUAUAAUUGCUGAUGCUGCUGCUGCAGCAAGAUCAGCCCAACCAACGGGCAACACUUUCUUGACUACAAAAGUACGUACGAAGUUCCCUUUUCUUCUAAAGUAUCCACUUCGUGAGUAUCAGCAUAUUGGGUUGGAUUGGCUUGUCACAAUGUAUGAGAAAAGACUUAAUGGGAUAUUAGCUGACGAGAUGGGUCUCGGGAAGACUAUCAUGACCAUCUCUCUCCUAGCACACCUUGCUUGUGAAAAGGGAAUAUGGGGUCCACAUCUGAUAGUUGUUCCUACCAGUGUCAUGCUCAACUGGGAGACCGAGUUUCUUAAAUGGUGUCCUGCUUUUAAAAUUCUUACUUACUUUGGAAGUGCAAAAGAGCGCAAGUUCAAGAGGCAAGGGUGGAUGAAGCCUAAUUCCUUCCAUGUAUGCAUUACAACUUAUAGACUCGUAAUACAGGACUCCAAAGCUUUCAAGAGGAAGAAAUGGAAAUACCUGAUACUUGAUGAAGCUCAUUUGAUAAAAAAUUGGAAGUCCCAGAGGUGGCAAACUCUUUUAAACUUCAACUCAAAACGGCGUAUUUUACUGACGGGGACACCUUUACAGAAUGACCUAAUGGAACUCUGGUCUCUGAUGCAUUUUUUGAUGCCACACAUUUUUCAGUCUCAUCAGGAGUUCAAAGAUUGGUUCAGUAACCCUAUAUCAGGAAUGGUAGAAGGACAAGAAAAAGUUAACAAAGAGGUUGUUGAUCGUUUGCACAACGUCCUUCGCCCAUUCUUACUAAGAAGGUUAAAGAGGGAUGUGGAGAAGCAACUCCCUGGUAAACAUGAGCAUGUCAUUUACUGUAGACUCUCAAAGCGGCAGAGGAAUUUGUAUGAAGAUUUUAUUGCUAGCUCUGAAACACAAGCGACACUGGCAAGUUCAAAUUUUUUUGGCAUGAUAAGCGUUAUAAUGCAAUUGCGUAAGGUUUGCAAUCAUCCAGACUUAUUUGAAGGACGUCCAAUCAUAAGCUCGUUUGACAUGAGUGGCAUUGAAAUGCAGUUGAGUUCUUCAAUCUGCACAAUGCUUUCUUCCAGCCCAUUUUCUGAAGUUAAUUUGAAGGGUUUGGGACUACUUUUUACAGAUCUCGAUUUCAGCAUGACCUCUUGGGAAAGUGAUGAAAUUAAAGCAAUUGCUACCCCCUCGCGUAUGAUCGAAGACCGUGUCACCUCAGUGGAUAUAGGAAAAACUUGCUCCAGACACAGGCCGUGUGGUUACAUGAAAAAAGGUUAUGGAACCAAUAUUUUUGACGAGAUUCAAAAGGCUCUUUGGGAGGAAAGAUUGAAGGAGGCAAAAGAAAGGGCAAAAUCUAUUGCAUGGUGGAAUUCCUUGCAAUGCCGGAAAAAGCCCAUGUAUGGAACAAGCCUAAGGGAUCUUGUUACAGUAAGGCAUCCUGUUUCUGAUAUACACCAACAGAAAAGUAACCCUUCAUGCUACCUGGACUUCUCCUCAAAGCUGGCUAGUAUUGUGCUGUCACCUGUUGAGCGCUUCCAGAGGUUAAUUAAGCUUAUCGAAUCUUUCAUGUUUGCUAUACCUGCAGCACGAGCCUCAUCACCUGUUUGCUGGUGCAGUAAAAGUGGGGCAACAGUGUUUUCUGAUCCAUCUUUUAAGGAUAAGUGCACAGAUGUUUUGUCACCCCUUCUCUCACCCAUUAGACCUGCCAUAGUCCGCCGACAAGUAUACUUCCCUGAUAGGCGGCUCAUACAAUUUGACUGUGGUAAGUUGCAGCAGCUUGCGGUGUUGCUCAGGCGAUUGAAAUCAGAAGGUCACCGAGCAUUAAUAUUCACUCAGAUGACUAAGAUGCUUGAUGUCUUGGAGCCCUUCAUAAACUUAUAUGGUUACACCUAUAUGCGUUUGGAUGGUUCAACACCGCCGGAAGAGAGGCAAACGUUGAUGCAGCGAUUCAACACAAAUCCCAAGAUUUUUCUGUUUAUUUUAUCUACCCGAAGUGGAGGUGUUGGUAUUAACUUAGUUGGAGCCGAUACAGUUAUAUUUUAUGAUAGUGACUGGAAUCCUGCUAUGGAUCAACAAGCUCAAGAUCGAUGCCACAGGAUAGGUCAGACACGUGAGGUGCAUAUCUAUCGUUUGAUCAGUGAAAGCACUAUCGAGGAGAACAUUUUAAAAAAAGCAAAUCAAAAGCGUGUUCUUGACGAUCUGGUCAUACAGAGUGGUAGUUACAAUACUGAAUUUUUUAAGAAACUUGAUCCACUGGAGUUAUUUUCUGGCCAUAGAGAACUUCCAGCGAACAAUAUUCAUAAGGAGAAAAGUUCUAACAGUGGGGUGGAGGUUUCCUUGUCAAAUGCUGAUGUGGAAGCUGCUUUAAAGCAAGCAGAAGAUGAGGCAGAUUAUACGGCUUUGAAGAAAGUUGAGCAGGAAGAAGCUGUAGAGAAUCAGGAGUUCUUGGAUGACGCCAUUGGAAGAGUAGAAGAUGAUGAACUUGCAAAUGAGGAUGAUGCGAAGUUUGAUGAGAAGGCCCCUGAGCCUGAGGAUCAGAGCACCUCGAUUGCAGCUUUGGAUAACGAUGUUGAUGCCAUCUUAAAUGGAAGUGAUCCAAAUGAUGACAGGGUUCUCACUUUGACUGGUACUGAAGAGGAUGAUAUGCUAGCUGAUGUGAAACAAUUGGCAGCAGCUGCAGCAGCAGCAGGGCAUGCAAGUUCAUCGUUUGAGAAUCAACUUCGGCCAAUUGAUCGGUACGCAAUGCGAUUUAUGGAUUUGUGGGAUCCAAUUAUUGACAAAUCAGCACUGGUUUCUCAAGUUAACUUUGAGGAGAAAGAAUGGGAGCUAGACCGCAUUGAGAAGUUCAAGGAGGAUCUGGAGGCUGAGAUUGAUGAUGACGAGGAACCUUUUGUAUAUGAGGAGUGGGAUGCUGAUUAUGCAACCGAGGCGUAUAGGCAACAAGUGGAAGUCUUGGCUCAGCGUCAGCUGUUGGAAGACCUUGAAUAUGAAGCGAAAGAGGCAGAAGAAGCAGAGAAAGAAAAACUUGAAUCACUGAGCAGGAAUGAGGCGGCGGCGGCUAAAACUAAAUCCAAACCCAAAAAGAAAACAAAGAAAAAGAAGUUUAAGUCUCUCAAGAAAGGAGCUCUAGCAUCUGAAGUGGAAACAACACUGGAGGAACAACCUGAGUAUAUGUCCAUUGAUGACGAGUCUAUGUAUACUGAUGGUCUGGAUUCUUAUUCAGACUUUAUUCCAUCACAUUCACCUGUUCAGAAGAAACGUAAGAAGGCUCAUUCCACCCAAAAUGCUGAUGAGGAGAAAACUAAAAGGAAAAGCACCAAAAAGCAAAAGAAGGGUCCUGAAAGCAGUCGUUCAGCUUUGGAGUAUGAUUCUUUGGAUAAGCAACAUGCAGGUGAGUUGAUGGUUUUGGACCUUGAUCACAGGCCACCAUGCAGGAGCAGAAUGGGGGGGAAGAUAUCCAUUACGACCAUGCCUGUAAAACGGGUUUUGUUGAUUAAACCGGAGAAAUUAAACAAGAAGGGAAGCGUUUGGUUGAGAGGUUGUAUUUCCAUGUCUGAUUCAUGGUCAUCAUCGGAGGAUGCGAUACUAUGUGCUAUCGUACAUGAGUAUGGGACACAUUGGAGCUUGGUGAGUGAUGUUAUCUAUGGAAUGCCUGCUGGUGGAUUUCAUAGGGGAAGGUUUCGCCAUCCUUUUCAAUGCUGUGAGAGAUUUAGGGACCUUUUCCAUAAAAAUGUAUUGUCAAUUGUGGAAAUUCCCAAUAAUAAUGAGAAGGUCACCAACACGUGCUCUGGAAAGUCCAUCCUCAAAGUAACAGAGGACGGUACUCAAACAUUAUUAAAUGUUACUAGUGAUCUGGCAGACAAUGAGUGCAUCCUCCAGAAGCACUUCACUGCCGUACUUACAUCUGUAUGGAAGGCAAGAUCACGCUUUAAGCACUGGUCUAGCUUGUCAUCAACAUACCAAGAGGGUUUUGAUUCUGCAAAAUGGGUUUUCAAUCUGAGGAGAUGCACAAGGGAACCGCUAAGAAAUCUAGGAGCUGUAGGUGAGAGCAGUAAGUUAGUAGCAGCUGCUCUCCAGGAUGCAUACAGUAAACAGCAGGAAGAUGUCUCUCAAUCUGAACAAAGGGAAGCCGCUUCCAUGAUGGAAGAACCAUUAGAGAUAAUACUGGAAGUACAAACUGAUCAUGAAGAUUGUGAGAUACCAUUACCAUCACACGUUAAUGUAUUGAUAUGCGGCUCAGAUUCACCACAUACCAAAAAUGAGUCGGCAGAAGGUGAUUCACAUCUGGAUUUGAGAAGCAACAUGGCCGAACACCGCUUCAGGGGGGCAUCAAAAGCUUGCUUUGAUGGUGUCACUCAGGGUUGGGCAUCAUCAUCUUUUCCGGCGUUUGAUUUUGUUAAAUCUCGAUCUACCCCUUCAAAACCACAGUCUGCGGGCAAACCUUCAAAAUCAAAGCAGCUUCUGAGAGGAGCUUCAACGGAGCAGCCCAGGGAAGAGGAGCAUCACACCCCUUCAACAAGUAAACAAACACCCCAUAUUUUAUCCCCCAAAACAGCGUUGACUGCAUCUGUUGGUUUCCUUUCUGGUGACAGUGAUAUUAUAAGAAGCUGCACAGGUGGUGCUGAUGUUGGUGCCGAAGACAGAGAAGAUAUCAUGGGGAUGGAUGGAUACGGUUUUUAUGAAGUGGAUGCUACUAUUCCUUAUAAUUAUGACUCUUCUUUCAUUUCGGGUCUUGAUGACUGUACAUUGUUACCAGACAUUACAGACAUUGGAUGAAUGAUUACCAAAAUAUUUAAAAUUAAAGUUAUAGAUUAUUCU